AUGCUAUGGUGGCCAUCAAGACCAGCGGCCCUUGAGGUCCCACAACCCAUCCACCGACAUCGUCUUCCCAGAGGGGCAGCUGAGCUCCUGGAAUGGAGCGAAACGGAGGAUGAGACAGUGGGGCCCCCGGCCUCAAAGAGGCAACGGACAGAAAAGACGGCCUCUGGUGAUGGCCAGCAGCAGAUUGACGGCCCCACGAAGGAGCCGAGGACACCUCAGCAAUGGGUGCUCCGUGCAGCGGACACCAGCCAGAUCAUCGACCUGGACGAUUACAAGGAGCCGAAGAAGGCAUCAGAGUCCCCCGCAGCGCCGGCACUCACAUCCAAUCAGAUGUGCAAGGCCUUCUUACAUGACCUCAGGGCACUACGACCGGCAGACCAAAGACGGCGAGCCCAUAAGCUCCUCCAGCACUGGGAGGCAAUGGAAGAACGACUUGGAAAUGACUAA